AUGGCUUCUUUUAGUAGAGCAUUCUUUGCCUUGCUCUGCCUCCUCCUACUAGCUAUAGUCACAGAAACUAGGAAUAUAGAAAAUACUAAAAAUGUUGAUUUUGUUAGAACAAGAGGUGCCCAUUUUGUACUUAAUGGAUCACCUUUUCUGUUCAAUGGUUUCAACUCUUAUUGGCUAAUGCAUGUUGCUGCUGAGCCAACUGAGAGGUAUAAAGUCUCUGAGGUUUUCAAAGAAGCCUCUGCUGCUAGUCUCUCUGUAUGCAGGACAUGGGCUUUUAGUGAUGGCGGCGAUGCAGCAUUGCAGAUUUCUCCUGGUGUCUAUGAUGAACGUGUUUUACAGGGAUUGGAUUUUGUGAUAUCAGAAGCACGGAAGUAUGGGAUACGUUUAAUAUUGAGCUUUGUGAAUAACUACAAAGAUUUUGGAGGGAGAAGUCAAUAUGCUCAAUGGGCAAAAAAUGCAGGAAUUCAGAAUAUUAACAGUGAAGAUGAUUUUUAUACUCAUCCAGUACUUAAAGAUUAUUACAAGAACCAUGUUAAGAAAAUAGUGACAAGAGUCAAUACAAUGACUAGAAUAGCAUACAGAGAUGACUCGACAAUAAUGGCAUGGGAACUUAUGAAUGAGCCUCGCUGCAAUGCUGAUUAUUCUGGGAAAACAGUUAAUGGAUGGGUUCAAGAGAUGGCAAGUUUUGUGAAAUCACUAGACAAAAAACACUUGUUGGAGAUAGGGAUGGAAGGAUUUUAUGGCGAUUCAAUGCCAGAAAAGAAGCAAGUUAAUCCUGGUUUUCAAGUUGGAACAGAUUUCAUCAGUAGCCAUCUUGUUAAAGAGAUUGAUUUUGCUACUAUACAUGCAUACACCGACCAAUGGUUGUCUGGACAAAGUGAUGAUGCACAAGCAACAUUCAUGCAAAGGUGGAUGAUAAGUCAUUGGCAAGAUUCAAGAACCAUAUUAAAGAAGCCAUUGGUACUUGCUGAAUUUGGGAAGUCAAGCAAAGAUCCAGGAUACAGUCAAAAUGCAAGAGACACAUUCAUGAGUUUAGUUUAUAGAAAUGUGUACAAUUUUGCGAAAGCAGGAGGGACAAUGGGAGGGAGCUUAGUAUGGCAGCUAGUGGCACAAGGCAUGGACAAUUUUGAUGAUGGUUACUCAAUAAUCUUGGCACAAAAUCCUUCAACUGCAGGGCUAAUUUCAGGGCAAUCACAUGCCAUGACAACUUUGGCUCAUUUGGUUAAUAGCCCUAAUUUGGGUCAGGUACAUGGACAUCAUCCACUAGGUGUUGGACAUCAUCCAUUAGGAAUGGGACAUCAUGGUUGA